UUUUACCAUUUUGUUUUCUCAUAAUGGGCUAUGUAAUCUUUUUUGAGCAUUUGUUUGCCUUGUGAGGCUACAGCACUCGAAGAAUCAUCACAGUCCAAGGAUCCUUUCUUUCUUCUAGAACUUGCAUCUAUUCAAAAUCCUCCCAGUGGUAGUAUGGCGUUUCUUCUACUCUCUUCCUUCCUUCUUUUAUUCAUAUUUCUUUUGUUUUAUCUCUGCUGUCUGCUUUUAAAAAGUAUAGUCUUACCACCUGCUAGUUUUCUAUUUAACAUCUCAGGCAAUACCGGUCCUGCUUUUGAUUGGCAACGGAUGGUUGAUUGUGUCAAGCUACUUGGCUCAAUCGGGGAAAAGAUAUCCUUCGGAUCUUUCAUUGGCAAGCUUCGGUUCAGAGGUUCUGGAAUCCCCUGUAAAAUUGCAUUUUCUGGAGCUGGGACAAGAGAUAUUUAUGUGAUACCAAUUGCAAGGGAAAUAUCUGGUAAAUUGCUACUUGUGGAACGACAUCCGUUACACUCUAGAAAAGGAGUUGUAAUUGCCAUUGCUCCAUUGGCUGGAUUGGAUCCCAAGAUAGACGAGGAGCAUCCUACAUGGUUGCUAGUGCAUCUUAGAGACUUUGAGCCAAGACUCCGAUCAGAUGAAACCAAAACACUCGACUCCCAUACAUCACUCCCUGAACAAGGAAGAUGGAUACUUGGAUUUUUGAGCGCCAAAGAUUGCAAGGCUGCUUUCUCGGUGAUACUCGAGGAAACUAGAAAACAGAGGUCCUUUGUGGAGAACUUGGUUGCUCCGGUACUGGAAGAGAAAUUGUUCAAAUAGUCGUCAACAAAAUGCUAGGGCAGUUUGAAUGCCGAGUAACAGCUCCUAUAACCCACAACACAUUAAUAAUACCCUGUACAUCUCCUCCUUGUUCUUGUUGAUGAAGCUAAUUAGAUUAUAAGCACGCCUUGUGGUUUUCUAUUCCCUCCAUGUAUUAUAUCUGCCUCUCUAGCAGCAAUGACAAAAACAACACAACGUAUUGAUAAAA